AUGGGACACACGAUGGAGUUCGACAAUAUUUACGGAAUCACAAAUUGGAAGCUCUUCACAAGGCCACGAGGCCAUGUCAUGGAGUUGAACAAUGUUUCGAAGACGACAGCACACGGAACGUUUGGAGUUCUGGGCCUUGGAGUUCCACCAUUUUUUGCAGAUGGCAUGAAUGAAAAAGGUCUGACUCUUGCAACGCAGAGUUUGUAUCGCAGUGAAUACCAAGAGUGUAAUCCCUUUUCCAAAGAGUACCAGACCAUUUACACGGUGCAAGUACCGCAGUGGAUCUUGACACAUUUUGCUACAGUGGCCGACGUCGUGAACGCAAUCCAAAGCGGCAAGUAUUGCAUCGCCAACCCGAUGGAUACCUUGGUACGGCGUGGCAACAUUCAUUGGGCCAUAGCGGACAAAGACGGAAAUUCCAUUGUGUUGGAGUACGAACGGGGAGAGCCGAAGGUCUACAACAAUCAUGUGGGAGUGAUGACAAAUGACCCAUUCUACCCAUGGCAUGUUGAUAAUUUGAACACCUACCGUUGGAUAUUGCCAGAAGAGGGCAACAACAAGGUUCUGCGAAUGUCAACUGGCAACCUCCUGGCAGGACAGAAAGAAGUGCCUUACGACCUCGGGCAUGGUUUCAAUACCGGUGGCCUCCCUGGGGAUCCUUCGCCCCCGUCGCGCUUUGUGAGAGCUUUCUUUACCAGGCAGGUUUCCCAGGCCAACGCCCGGCCGAAGCAGGAGUUGAAUGACUGGUUGACAUUGGCUCAAGGAAUUCUCAACAGCGUUUUCAUCACCAAAGGCUGGACAGGCCCCAAUCCCGCAGGCCACAUUUGGGAGAGCGACCAUACUGCUUGGGGGACUCUACGUUUUCCGCAAACAGGUUUCUACGCUUUCCGCACGUAUGCCAACAUGCAGUGGCAGGUUGUGGAUACCACAAAACUGGAUUGGAUGGAAGGUGUUGUUUUAGCGACUUCCACGAGCAUUGCCGACAGCUUCAACGACAUCACAGUGCACUUAAAUCUUGCUGGUGGCUCUUCCUCCAAAGCGUCCCUUCGGCAAAGAUAUAGCGGUGUGAGCAAACAUCCUCAGGUUGAAGACACAGUGCUGCUUCAGUCGCCCAGCCAGGAGUUGUGA